AUGUCAAUGGCGCCGAGCUCGCCCCGGCUGCCCAGCCCACCGCCGCCCGCCGAAAUCCAAAUCGGCCCCAAAUCCCCCUCGAUGGGCGCGCAGUCGAACCGUCAGGCCUCGCCCAUGGAGCAGUCACUCAUCGAAGCAAACUCGAGGCGUCGCAUACACCCGGGCACCAAGGCCGCCGACAUGGCUGCCGGUCCACCGCUUGUCCCCCUUAACGAGCUCGACUCGGCUUUCCAGCUCCAAGAGCACUUGGCCGCCCUACAUUACUACCACACCAACAGCAACAGCACCCCGAUAACCCGAGCGACAGCCAUUCAACUUGCGGCCCCUCCGCCGGGCAUCGACCGCACUCUCUGGCUGUAUGAACUGUGCCGGUUCCUUAUAUCCCAGUGCAACACCCUCAUCGUCGGUUUCCUCUUCGACUCACCGCCCUGCAGCGCCGCGACGUGUCCCGAGAUGCGCGCUUCCGAAUGGCAGUUCCUCUGCGCCGUCCACGAGCAGCCCAAGAGUUGCUGCGCCAUCGACUAUUGCUGCCAUACGCUCGACUGGGCCGCCAAUAUCGUCACGGACCCUAAGAUCUUUCCCUCGCGCUUUGUCGUUCUCUCUGAUGUCCACAAUAAGGGUGUAGCCGUCAAGAACCUCGUCAACGUCUUCCGCCGCCUGCACCGCAUCUUUGCCCAUGCCUGGUUCCAGCAUCGCGCCGUCUUCUGGACAAUCGAGGGACAGACCGGGCUCUACGUCUUUUUCAAGACCGUCUGUGACAUGUACGACCUCCUCCCCGCCGAGAACUACAAACUACCGCCCGAGGCUGAGGGUCUAGAGACCGCGACGGCCGUGCCUGACGCCAACGGCGGCGAUAAGAAGCAGCUGCCAAUUUCGAUCGCCAAGCCUCCGAGCCGCGGUGAAGGCGGCGUUCAGGACUUGGACGACAAUUUCCAACCCGUGGGUCGCACUGCCACGAGACGCCACGUUAGAGCGAGCCCGUCUGUCGGCAGUGCCGUGACGACUGUCGUAGAGGCUGAAGAGGAGGAGGUUGACGUGACAAGCAAGCUGCGGGAGAUGCGCAUAUCAGCCCCCGACACGGUCGAGGAGGAGCUCGAGGCGGCGGACGUGCCCGUCAUUGUCGAGAAGGAGGUUAUGGACGAUGCAUCACCCACGGAAGAAGAAGAGCCUGUGGUGCCAGAACCUCAAGUCGUUGAGUCCGAGAGAUCUGAAACAGAGUCUUAUGAUGCGACAGACUAUGUCAAGCCAACGGAUGAUGAACCGAGCAGCGCGUCAGUAGCAGACGAGGUCGAGGAGUCCUCUGGGUCGACUGAAUCUCAGCCGCAGUCCAAGGCGAAAGAAGCCGAUGGCGAAACUGAGAACUCAGACAACAGUUCCGCCAAUGACACUGCCAACGGCGAGGAAGAAUCUACCGAGAUUGGAGAGGUCAGCAGCGUUCAUGAUAUCACCCAGGAUUCGGCCAAACCGGCCAAGUCGACGACCACAGACGCCACAGAAGAUAACAGCAAACCUGAAGAAUUCGACAAGGGCGACAGUGAGCUCAAGGCAGUUUCUAAAGAAGGGGAAGACAAGAAGGAGGCAUUAUUGGGGGAAGAAGCUUAA